GAGGCCGGACCUGGUCGUAUCUGCGUCCCUGCAGGAACCCACUGUCGCUGCCCCUGCACGACGCCCGCCAGCCCACGAUGGCAGCAACAGGUGAUGGGCCCGUGCAGGUGGGAAACCGAUUUUCCUCUCAGCUGCUCGCCCUCCGGAGGCAGCUGGCCCAAAAGAGUGGCAUCGGGCGUCCUCCUCCACACAGCCUUAGAGGGGGAGGUCGGCACCAGCAUCUUUCCCACGCUCCUGGCAGAUGCGCCCACGGCUUCUACCUGGGAUGCCCGAGCGUCAGUCGGGCCAGCGCCAGCCGCGCGCGCCGGAAGCGUUUACUCGUGCAGAUCCCCGGCGCGGAAGCCCGACUACGAAGCUGCGGCAUCGCGGGCGCCGCCUCAGGUCCCCACCCGCUUCCCCCCGGGUUUGCGGACGGAGCUGGCGCCUCUGAAGGCGGAGGCGAGGGCCCCGCUCCUUGACCGUUCUUGCUCCUCCGCGGGAGCCGCCGGCCGUCACGUGGGAGGUCACGUGGGUGGCCUGUCAACUGCUCGGAGACGCCUUCGCGCGCAGCCCCGGCCCUCACGGGGGCGCGCAGUCCGAGCAUGCGCAGCAGGAGGCGCGAGUUGUCCUCCACAGCGCGGCGGGGCGGGAGACCUCCCUCCCACCCAGACCCCGCCGGCUUCCCUCCCACCCCUGCCGACCUCCCUCCACCCCCGGCCCGCGCCGGCCUCCCUCCUACCCCCGCCGACCUCCCUCCACCCCCGGCCCGCGCCGGCCUCCCUCCUACCCCCGCCGACCUCCCUCCCACCCCGAUCCCGCCGGCCUCCCUCCUACCCCCGCCGACCUCCCUCCACCCCCGGCCCGCGCCGGCCUCCCUCCUACCCCCGCCGACCUCCCUCCACCCCCGGCCCGCGCCGGCCUCCCUCCUACCCCCGCCGACCUCCCUCCCACCCCGAUCCCGCCGGCCUCCCUCCCACCCCGAUCCCGCCGGCCUCCCUCCUACCCCCGCCGACCUCCCUCCACCCCCGGCCCGCGCCGCCGGCCUCCCUCCUACCCCCGCCGACCUCCCUCCACCCCCGGCCCGCGCCGGCCUCCCUCCUACCCCCGCCGACCUCCCUCCCACCCCGAUCCCGCCGGCCUCCCUCCCACCCCCGGCCGCCGCCGCCCUCCCUCGGCGCUCGGGACAGGCUCGGGACGCUGGGGCCGCGUCCGAGCACGUGAGGGCUGAGCAGCCCGCGCCUCUCCUUAGGAAACCCAGUGAGACGCUGGGUAUUCGAAUGUGGUCGCCGGGGAACGGGCGGCGCCCACACCCCCCGCGCUCGGAGAACUCCCCAGUCCCGCCUGAAACGAACGCGGUGCCCUAAAGUGCGGGCUGCAGGCUCUGCCGCUUGACGCGGCAAUGAUUGAAGGAAUCCAAUCCUCAGGCCUUCCAGAUAGUAUCGGGGAGCUGAAACUUUCCAGAACACUAAAUCCGACCACCCCCAGCUGCCUGUUGACCACCUCCUCUUCCUUACCCCUUCCUACUUCCUAAUUUCCCACCCAUAGUUACCUUCCUUCCCUGCUAUCUAAAACCCUAACUUCAGUGGGUUGGGGAAGUGGAUUUGAGACUGGUCUCCUGUCACCUGCUGACAUCACGACAUCACUUGCAAUAAAGCCUUCUUCCCUGGCAA